AGCUUGCAAAAUCCAAUCUUAUCACCUCUUUUGGAAAGCAGCUGAAGAAAUAAUAGACAAUGGCAUCAAUGGUUAGCUCUAGCAGUGUUCUUAGGCCAACCCCAUUUCUGGGACAAACUAGGGGAUCAAAUGCAAACCCUCUCAGGGAUGUUGUUGCUAUGGGCGCUGGGAAAUUCACAAUGAAAAAUGAACUGUGGUAUGGACCAGACAGGUUGAAGUACUUGGGACCCUUUUCAGCACAGACUCCAUCAUACCUAACUGGAGAGUUUCCAGGUGACUAUGGCUGGGACACUGCUGGGCUUUCAGCUGACCCUGAGGCCUUUGCCAGGAACAGGGCUCUUGAGGUGAUCCAUGGGAGAUGGGCAAUGCUUGGAGCACUAGGCUGCAUCACCCCAGAAGUCUUAGCGAAGUGGCUUAGGGUGGACUUCAAGGAACCAGUCUGGUUCAAGGCUGGAGCUCAAAUCUUUUCAGAAGGUGGCUUGGACUACCUAGGCAAUCCCAACCUUGUUCAUGCUCAAAGCAUUCUUGCAGUCCUAGGUUCCCAAGUCAUCCUCAUGGGGCUUGUUGAAGGGUUCCGGAUCAAUGGUCUUCCUGGAGUGGGAGAGGGAAAUGACCUGUACCCUGGUGGCCAAUACUUCGACCCACUUGGCCUUGCUGAUGAUCCUGUUACAUUUGCUGAGCUCAAGGUGAAGGAGAUCAAGAACGGCCGCCUAGCUAUGUUCUCCAUGUUUGGAUUCUUUGUCCAAGCUAUUGUCACCGGAAAGGGUCCCUUGGAGAACCUCCUUGACCACCUGGACAACCCUGUUGCUAACAAUGCUUGGGUCUAUGCCACUAAGUUUGUCCCUGGAUCUUAAAUUCAUCUCCAUAAAUCUUCUUUGCUUGUAUUAGAAUGAAAACUAUGAAAAGAUCUGUAGAUUAUCCUAGCAUUGUAUUUGCAGAUAUGAGGAAAUCUUUGAUGGUUCUGCUCCCAUUCCAGGAAAAUGUGCAUUUCUAACAAGAAAAGGAAAUGAUUCUGAGAAUUGGGUUUGGGUCAAAUUCUCUUUUCACUCAGAAAAAAAGGGCAUAUGAACAUUUGCUUUCCAAUUUGU